GUCAUGAUAGAGCGCCGCUGUACUACGCAGCUUGCUGGCAUUGUCUUCGCUGCGAGACGUGGCCACUCUCUGCGCCGUGCUCACUGGCCCUUCGGCUCAAGGUAUUGUGGAAGCAGCACGCUGUCGCUUCAGUGGGCACUCCCGCUGGCGGCAGCGCCGAAGCGCGAAUGGCGCAGACCAAGGGCGGCAAGAGUACCAGGGGCGGCAAGGGCCGCGGCCGUGGCGGCAAGGGAUAUUCUUCACAGGGCGGGUGGACGCAAUAUCCUGGGCUCGCUGGUCCGCUAGGCCCGAUGCCGCCGCCGUGGUUCGGCAUGCCCGCGCCCCCGUGGAUGGGCAUGUACCCGGGCAUGCCCGUGCAGCCAGGCGAGACGCCGGACGUGGACCCCGCGGCAGCCGCCGACUCGCUGCUGGACGCGCUGGCGGUGGGCGAGCCGGCAGAAGGCGGGCGCGGCGCCAAGAGCGGCGGCGGACACAGGGCGAGGGCACCCGCCGCAAUCAUGGCGGAGGAGCGCUCGCCGGACAAGUCCGCGAGCGGGACUCUGCCGCACACCGCCCUGACGGGCAACUGGGUGGACUCGCAGGGCAAUCAGGUGCAGGUGAUGCAGGUGGAUGCCUAUACUGUCAAACUUAUGGCGGUGCUAUCAAGACCGCCCAGGAACGACAUCCACUUGCCACUCAAGCCCAUCACCGCCGGGGGCGGCUGGCAGUGUGGGCAUUCCGUACUCGACCCCAUGUGGACUUCCUCCGCGCAGUUGCACUGGGUUGCCAUGGACGGCCGCGUCUCGGUGUGGGUCCGCCCGCCCUCCGACUCCGGCAGCACCGCGGAGAGCGAGGGCCCCGCCGAGGAGCGAGUUAGCCAAUCCGCCAAAGAGCAAGCGAACGCAGACGCAGGUGCAAAGACAGACGCGGCCUCUCAGUGAAGUGACCGCCGCCCCACGUCCACCAAGUUUUAAUAGUCAUCUGCCGCAGACCUGCAGGCGCCGCGGCCCCUCCUUCUUGAUCCCAUGUCGGCAAGGGGAGGGAGGCCCCUUCAAUGUGGUCUCGCCUGCUCUCGGCCCAGCCUCCCCGGCCCGUGCUUGAUCCCGCCGCCCUGCUCGGGGAGGCGUGCUCUCCAGGUGCAAGACGGCGCCUGAACCAUGAUGCUUCCGUGCACGCGCCACACCUCAUCGAGGGUUUCGUUCUCCUGACUCCCCUCUCGCCAUGCUCCGUUCCUUCCCGAUUCAGCCUCGUCAGUCGUUGGGCUUGCUCCUGCUAUCCACAGUGCUCCCCCCCGCGCCCUUUUGGACGCGCUCAUCGCCUUCCCUGUCUGCGCGUUGCUUUGCUAUUCCAGGCCGUGGUCCACUCGCCUGAUCAUUUACAUGUACACCAUGGGUGAGAAUACCUCGCAAACAGUAGUGGUGGCACAAGCAUGAGUGCUGACAGCUGCCCCAUGGCGGUCACUGUGAUUCGGGAGUCUUCGCGCCGAUGUACAUAUAUGCAAUGCGCCAGCUAGCUAGUGUUGCACGUAAGGUGCACGCCAUCAAGCUAUUGUUCGCUGGAGCGAUUUCGCUCAAGCCAUUUGGUCAAUUUCUUCCGCUCUCGGUACAGAUGCGCAGGCAACCAUGCCAGCCGGUGGGAAAACCAGUGCGCCAGUGUUUGUGCCUUGUCAUGCCUCGUGCCGCCGCCCUGAGCAAUGAGCCAUCUGACG